AGGAAUCUUGGCGAGCUGUGUCAGCAGAGGAGGGAGCCAGACUGAGCCCAUAUUAAACAGGGGGCUUAUAUGAUGAGUACCUUAAACGAUGUUGGCUCAAUGUUGAACAGCACAUGCUAUCAGAAGGGGAUAGGCCACAAGCAUGAUGGAGCGGGAGAGCGUGCUUUUGCGCAAAAGUAAUAUUUUUAUGCUUAAAUCGUGAUCUCUGUUAUUAAUAAUGUUAUAGUUCAAUAUAUAUUCGCAAGGAAAUAAAGGCAAACAAAAUUAAAGCACAUUCCGACUUUGAGUCCAUGCCACCCUGAUCUCGGCACCGUUUUCCAAGUCUACUGUAUGCCGCUGUACGCCCUCUCUCCCUGAUUGGCUCUCGUUGAAGGCAGGGCAGUACAUAUAUACUCCCAAGUAACUCCGUUCAUUCUUUUACUGGGAAGCUCAUUGAACCCUCGGUACCAACAUGCCUGUCAUGAGGUUCUUCAGCAAGGUGGCCAAGCAGGCGUUACUCAGCACCCCAGGCUGUGGCUGCCAGCCCUUAACGGUGGCUGUACGCAACAUCAGCUUCUCCCCUCGACAGGUGACCUCUGAUGCCAGCUUCCAUUCUGUGUCCUUCUCAGAAACAGACCACCCCAAGGUGCUCAUCACAGGUGGCCUGGGACAGCUCGGUGUAGGCCUGGCCAAAUUGCUGAGGAAGAGGUACGGAAAGAACAACGUCAUUCUAUCUGACAUCAGGAAACCUCCAAACAGCGUUUUUCACAGUGGCCCCUUCAUCUACUCAGACAUCCUGGACUACAAGAACCUGCGGGAAAUUGUGGUGAACAACCGCAUCACGUGGCUGGUUCACUAUAGCGCGCUCCUCAGUGCUGUUGGAGAGGCAAAUGUGGCCUUGGCACGCUCUGUUAACAUCACUGGGCUUCACAACAUCCUGGACAUUGCAGCAGAGCACGGCUUGCGUCUCUUUGUCCCCAGCACCAUUGGUGCCUUUGGUCCCAGUUCCCCCCGCAACCCUACGCCAGAUCUGUGUGUGCAGAGACCCCGCACUAUCUACGGUGUUUCCAAAGUACAUGCUGAGUUGAUGGGAGAGUACUACCACCACCGUUAUGGGCUGGACUUCCGCUGUCUACGCUAUCCUGGAAUAAUCUCUGCUGAUUCCAUGCCCGGCGGUGGCACAACAGACUACGCUGUCCAGAUUUUCCACGACGCAAUCAAAACUGGCAAGUUUGAGUGCAACCUGAGACCUGACACACGGCUGCCCAUGAUGUACAUCGACGACUGCCUGCGUGCCACGCUGGAGGUAAUGGAAGCACCGGCUGAGACACUAAGCAUGAGGACGUACAACAUCAACGCCAUGAGCUUCACCCCCGAGGAACUGGCCCAGGAACUCCAGAAGCAGAUGCCUGAGCUGGAGGUCACAUAUGAGGUUGACCCUGUACGACAGGCAAUUGCUGACAGCUGGCCGAUGAACUUUGAUGACUCCAACGCACGGAAAGACUGGGCCUGGAAACACGAUUAUGAUCUCCCAGAACUCGUUCAGACGAUGCUCAACUUCUUUGGCUCUGAAACACGCAUGGCUCGUUUUAACUGAGGCAACGCCGCAUCAAUCGUAGUAUUUUUUUAAAAUGUUUUUUUUGUACAUAAUGUAAAAGACUGACCAAAGAGAACAGAGAAACAUGGCCUGUAAGUCAUCAUCAUCUCACUUCUCUGUGUAACAUCAGCAGGGUCCUUCUUGCUUGCCACUGGCCGGGCUUGUCUCAAAUGUGAUGGUCAAUGAGCACUAGAAAGUCCCCACCCCCAUCCCUGGAAUCUAGUCUCUCCACCUCUGCUUUGCUCUCUUUUAUCCCUUUUCUGUUUAGAGAUUUGGGUGAGGAGCAGUCAAUGAGUUGAAUUGGUGUCAACAUUAUCAACAUGAAGCUGUGUUUAGAUGAAACAAAGGUUAACUUGCAUGCUGAGGAACUGUGCAAAAUUUUGCAAUAUUUUCUGUGGAAUCUAGUUAACAAAUUGGGAAUGUUGCAUUGUACAACUGAAAGCAUUUCUUUGUUUUUCUUUUGAAAACCCAAAUGGUAAGGGGUUUUUUUUUGUGCUAAGUUUCCAUAAUCUGGGAAUUUUAGGCCUAAAGCUUUGGGGCCAAACUCAAGCAAGGAGUAUACUCGUACACGAGGUGUAUCCUUUGUUGCACUUUAGACAGAGUUGGAUCUUAAAAUCUCUCACAAAUCAAGGAGCCUAAUCACCUACAGGGGUGAAUACCUGAUACAUUGCAUCCGUUUUUUUCAAGCAGUGUGGUGCAGGGAUUCUUAAGAAUUUGUUUUUUCUUUGUAUUCCAUGACAAAUUAUUUAUUCUGUUGGUGUUUUAAUAUGUGGGAGCACUUCUUAGCACUCUAUUCUUUUUUUCUUUCUUUUUUUUCUUUUUUUCCACAUGUUGCUGUCCGUGUUUGUUACUUCAUUUUUAACAUUAGGUCUUUGAUAAUUUUCAGAUGAAAGGGAAAUGAAUUACAUUUAUUGGAGUUUGGAUGAGACUGUAUUUCUGUAAAAGGAACUUUGAAGAUUGUCUUCUAUGUGAAUGUCUUAGCAGGUUUUGCCUGUCCAUUCAAACAGCAAGCUUUGACAAUAAAAAAAACAAAAAAUAAUUCACA